AAAAUACUCCGUAUUCCGUAGAAAUUCCCACUGACUCUCUCAUCCCAAGCUUUCGUUGUAAGUUUGUUGUCUUCCCUUUCACUCUGCAAACAACCUUCAUCUUCUCCCGCGUUUUUUUUCCUAACAAUUUCCGACGAAAAUGAGCCACGAUGUAACUCGUUCUGGAAAUUCCAAACGGAGCUUCAACUCUAAUUCAUCCAAUAACACCAACAAUAAGAAGAAGAAUACCAAUCAGAAAACCCUAGGCGCUGCUUGGGGAGCUAAUUCUCUCUCCUCUUCUCGUUCUUCCUUUGGCAGUGCCCCAUUUUCCGAUUUCGGCAGUUAUAUGGCUGUGAAGAAUAAGAAAUUACAUGAGCAGUUUGAUGCAGAAGCUUCAAAUUCUACUCACAGUGGUUCUGAUUCUGUAAAGCCCAUAUUUCAGGGUGUUUCUAUUUUUGUGGAUGGGUUUACAAUUCCCUCUAGUCAGGAGCUCCGGGCAUACAUGUUGAAGCAUGGGGGACGGGUUGAGAAUUACUUCUCGAGGCAUCGUGUCACUCAUAUAAUAUGCAGUAACCUGCCUGACAGUAAAAUUAAGAACCUCAGAUCUUUCAGCGGUGGACUUCCUGUUGUGAAACCCACUUGGGUGUUGGAUUGUGUGGCAGCUAGGAAACUGUUGAACUGGGUUCCAUACCAACUCGAUCAGCUGGUCAAUGAAGCAACCAAUCAACCAAAGCUGUCUGCUUUCUUCACUUUGAAACGCAACCCAGCCAGUCAAGUUGUUUUGUCUGAUUCAACUUGUAUGUUGCAAGCUGAAGCAGAAGGUUCAGAUGUGAGGGAUGGUGAUUUGCUUAAUCAUGCCUCUUCUGAUUCAGAUGGAUUUUCUGAAUGUUCUAGGCAAAGUCAAAAAGUGAUGGAGGAUGAUAGAUGUAAGCAAUUUGAUACAGAAAAUACUCUGGAGCAAACAAUUGGAGAAGAAGAAUUUUCACAACUAGAAAAUGGGAAGUCAGUGGACGAAGUUGAGUUUAGUCCAACCAACAGUCACGAUUUAUAUACAAAGCCUAGUGGGGAAUCAUCUGGUUCGCUAGUCAAGGGAUCUUCCUGCCGCCGUAACUCAACCCUUGAGGAUCCAAAUUUUGUCGAAAACUAUUUUAAGAGUUCAAGGUUGCACUUCAUAGGAACUUGGAGGAAUCGGUACCGUAAGCGAUUUGCAUGCCCUUCCAAUAAAAUGAAGCAAAAAAACAUUGAUGUUAAUGCUUCUUCUACUUCCCGAAAAGCCACUAUCAUCCACAUGGACAUGGACUGCUUUUUUGUGGCUGUCGUUAUCAGGAACCGUCCAGAAUUGAUGGACAAGCCUGUAGCAGUGUGCCAUUCAGACAGUCCUAGAGGAACUUCUGAAAUUUCUUCUGCUAACUAUCCUGCGCGAGAUUAUGGGGUGAAAGCUGGAAUGUUCGUCAGAGAUGCCAAGGCUCGUUGUCCUCAUCUGGAAAUCGUACCUUACAAUUUUGAAGCUUAUGAAGAGGUAGCUGACCAAUUCUACAACAUCUUGCAUAAACACUGCGAUAAAGUGCAGGCAUUAAGUUGUGAUGAAGCAUUUCUGGAUGUCACUGACUUAGAAGUGGCAGAGCCUGAGCUUUUAGUUUCAGAAAUAAGAAAAGAGAUCUUUGAAACUACAGGUUGCACAGCUAGUGCAGGGAUUGCUGCAAAUAUGCUUAUGGCUCGUCUUGCCACCAGAACUGCUAAACCAAAUGGUCAAUGCUACAUUUCUCCGGAGAAGGUCGAUGAGUAUCUGUUACCACUCCCUAUAAAGGCACUCCCAGGAAUUGGACAUGUGUUGGAGCAAAAGUUGAAAAAGAAAGGAGUUCAGACUUGCGGCCAGCUGCGAAUGUUUCCCAAGGAGGCUUUACAGAGGGACUUCGGAACAAAAACCGGUGAAAUGUUGUGGAAUUACUCCAGAGGUGUUGAUAACCGGCUAGUUGGAGUCAUUCAGGAAAGCAAGUCGAUUGGUGCUGAUGUAAAUUGGGGUGUGCGCUUCAAGGAUGUAAAAGAUAGUGAACGCUUUCUCUUGAGCCUUUGCAAGGAGGUAUCUUUGCGCUUGCAGGGAUGUGGAUUACACGGACGUACCUUUACGCUAAAGAUCAAGAAGCGUAUAAAAGAUGCAGGGGAGCCAACAAAAUACAUGGGUCAUGGAGCUUGUGAAAAUCUUAGUCACUCUACAACAGUUCCAGUUGCAACCGAUGAUGUGGAAAUUCUUCAAAGGAAAACUUUGCAGUUAUUUGGAUCUUUUCACAUAGAUGUCAAAGAUAUCCGAGGAAUCGGAUUACAAGUGACCAAGCUCGAGAGUGUCGAUACUUUGAAGCAAGGGAAAGAAAGAAACACUCUUAGGUCGUGGCUUGGAUCUGGCUCAGCAAGCUCCAAUGAACAGAGUAAAGUACGCGAUACAGGUCAAUCUCAUCUUGAGCUUGCUGGACCUUCAGCAAUGGUUUCAAAUCCUCCGUACCAUCAAACUCACUUAAACCCAGGUGUUGCGCUACCGUCAUUAGAUGAUCUUGAUCUGGGUGUUAUUAAGAGCCUACCUCCAGAGUUGUUUUCAGAGAUUAAUGAUAUGUAUGGAGGGAAGUUGACUGAUCUCAUCUCAAAAAUGAAAGGCAAAGCUGGCUUUCAUAGUGUCUGUUCUAUGCCUAUGGAGGAAGUUGAAGGUGAACUCCUCCAUGAACAUGAAGUUCGUGCUUCUGCUGGUGUUCAAACUGACAACAUUAAUGACAAAGACAAGGCUGGGUGUUCCAAGAAUCAAGAAAAAGAGGUAUUGCCUGCUAUUGGCACAUCAACUGCAGUUAUCUCCAAUUCUGUGGUAGAAUCAGAAAUUGUCGAUCUAAUGCCUUAUUCACUAAGCCAAGUGGAUAUGUCUAUACUACACCAAUUGCCUGAGGAACUGAGAGCAGAUAUAGUUGGGGCACUUCCUUCACACCGGAGGCCAAAUAGUAUGCCUGAGUCUUGUAACGUUUAUGGGAAAGUGCAGGAAGUGAGAUGUGGUGGAGAUGAUACUGAAUUCCUUGAAUGUGCUAAAGAUAAUAACCUUUGGGUUGGAAGUCCUCCUUGUUGGGUCCAUAAGUUCAAAGUUAGUAAUUGUUUGAUGUUGAACAUCCUUGCAGAGAUGUUUCUCAGGUCAAGGUCUACUGGGGUGUUGUCCUCUACUCUGCAAUGUUGUCUCUCAAGAUUCCAGACGUGUAAUGAUGAAAGUGAUGAUGUGGCCGAUGAAGCUUCUUAUAGCUUAUGUGAGCUCUUGAGGCAGUAUAUCCAGCUGAAGCUGGAAGGAGACAUAGAAGAAAUCUAUGUUUGUUUUCGUCUUUUAAAAAGGUUGACAAUGAAAUCGAAGACUUUUAAACAUGCAUAUGAUGCUGUCUUGCCUUAUCUACAGGCCUGUAUUACUGAAGGCUAUGGAGGACUCUUCAAUCUGCCUGCAAUGUAGUAAAUACCUCUGAUAUUCUUUCCAUACGUGGAUCAACAUUAUUUGCCUUUCAGUGACAGGAACUACUCGCUGUGAGUCAACUUACGCUGUUCUUGUAUUCAUCCUGUCUAAUGAGGACCUUGUUUGAGGCUAUGCUCAUUCUGCAUUGUGAUUGUUGUGGUGGUGCAUCUGUGUUUCUCCGAGCUUUGAGUUAAACAUAAACAGCUCCUUUGAAAAUUGUGUUCCUCUGUGACCUUACUCCAGCCCACAAUGGAACAUAAGAUGGAGAAACGAAUGGAAGAUAGAUGAUGAGAUCCAAAACCUGGAUAAAUGACCAAGUGGCGCCUGAUCAAUCGAGUUGAACUCAUGUCCUUAACGCCACUGUCCACGAGGAGAUGGAUCUAUCAUGAUGAUGUAGAAUCCCAGCCGUAACCACAUUUUAUUUGAUUGCAGAAUUUGCAGGUGAUACAAAUUAAGAAUGUCAUUUUCUGCACUAAUGGGAAGUGGGAACUUUCAUUCCCUCAUACAAGGAUCAAGUUGUAGAAUUCCCUGCACACCUAGAUCGUUGAACGAAGUGGGUGAACUCUUGUCACAGCGCGCAAGUUAUUCAAUACACGUGUACAUAAUCGUGUGUAGAUGAAGAAACAGCUGAAGUGCUGAACCCUUGCUAAUUUCUCCCUCUCCUAAUCAUGUAAUACAUUGACAUUCUACUACCAGCUCCAUUUCUGGGAAAUCAUGCAUGUCAUAAUGUCUUGACAAUACUAGUUGAGAAUUCUAAUAUCAUCAACCAAAAUCAAGGACGACUAGUUCAAAUUUAGAAAGUUGAUUUAUUGCAAACUAAUUCUUUGUUGAAUUCAAACUUUCUGAACAUGUGCUUUCCUUGACCCGUAGAUUGUAUAAAGCUGAUUGUUUGUGUGUUGUACACUGUGGACUAAACAUGAUGCUUACGUCACGUUUAAAGUUAUGGUACAUUUAAUUUGUAACAA